CCACAUUAGUCUUUUCAGAUUUUUUGUACACUUCCUUCACCCCCCACCCAUCUCUCUCUCUCUCCUCUUCCUCCCUCUUUCUUCUUUGCUUGCCCUUUUCUUUUAUUUUAUUCUUCCAAAAUCAAAUAGUUCCUUCUUUGAUCUCAUUGGGAUAACUAAAAGUUUCAAGAAGAGAAACAUAUCGUUGAAGAGAGAACCCACACAAAAAAAUGUCUGUGGAUUUAUCAUCUGAGCGUGUUUGCUAUGUCCACUGCAGCUUCUGCACCACGAUUUUAGCGGUAAGUGUACCAUACGCAAGUUUGUUCACACUUGUGACGGUGAGAUGUGGCCAUUGUACCAAUUUGCUCUCCCUCAACAUUGGAGUUUCACUUCAUCAAACCGCACCUCCUCCCAUUCAUCAAGAUCUUCAGCCGCAUAAACAGCACACAACCUCUUUGGUAACAAGGAAAGAUUGUGCAUCAUCUUCAAGGAGCACCAACAAUUUAUCGGAACACAUCGAUCGUGAGGCUCCAAGAAUGCUUCCUAUUCGCCCUCCGGAGAAAAGACAACGUGUACCUUCGGCCUACAACAGAUUCAUCAAAGAGGAAAUCCAAAGGAUCAAGGCUUGCAAUCCUGAGAUUAGCCACCGUGAGGCAUUUAGCACUGCUGCUAAAAAUUGGGCACAUUUUCCUCACAUUCACUUUGGAUUAAAGCUGGAUGGCAACAAAAAAGGCAAGCAAUUAGACCAGUCAGUUGCAGGCCAAAAGUCUAAUGGCUACUACUAAAGCCUUUAUAUAUACAUACAUAUAUAUACACUAUAUAUAUGCGUGUGUAUGCUUUAUGUUUAUCUUUGUACGUACGCAUUUAUGAAUGUGUAAGCAGAGAGCUGAUGAUGGAAGAGAUCAGGCGAGGAAGAAGAAGAUCAUAUAACCUUACAUAUGUAUACAUGUAUGUAUGUCCCUUUCCUUUUCUUUGCGUGGGCUUCAUUCAUCUAUAACUUCGUUUCUAGUUUAUUCUCCUAAUAAGUGAAGUCUGUUAUGGUUUUCGAAAUUGAACCUAAAUGUUUAGGAAGAAUCUUCUUUCUGAAGAUUGUAAUAUAUAUUUCCACUUUACUCAUUCUGAAAAGGUGUAGCUUUUUGUGUGGUCA